AUGCUCAUCUUAUUUUGGUUGCUUUGCCUUCUCACAACCGGGACAGCCGUCGAACCUCUGGUGAGUCUCAAGUAUGCAGGAUACAGAGGAGUGCCACUCGCAAACGGAAUAACACAGUGGCUUGGGAUUCGAUAUGCUGCUGCUCCCUUGGGCCCUUUGCGAUUUGCCGCACCUCAGGAUCCGCCUCUCUUUGAUGACGUCCAGCCUGCGGACAAGCAUGGGCCUGUUUGUCUCGCAACAGGGGACAACCCAGAGAAUACGGCUACAUCAGAGGAUUGUCUGUUCUUAGACGUAUUCGCGCCGACAAAUGCCGCACCUGACUCAAAACUACCGGUCUACUUCUUCAUCCAGGGAGGUGGCUUCAAUUCUCUCUCGAAUGCCAACUACAAUGGUAGCGGACUGAUUUCUGCAGCCGAACACGAGAUUGUCGUCGUUACCUUCAACUACCGAGUAGGCCCAUAUGGAUUUAUUGCAAGCCAAGAAAUCAGCGACUCUCCUUCUGCAACUGUCAACAACGGGCUCAGGGACCAGCGGAAGGCUCUUGAAUGGGUACAGAGAUAUAUCUCGCAAUUCGGUGGUGAUCCAGACCAUGUCGUGCUUGGUGGCGAUUCGGCAGGUGCGGCGUCUAUUGCCUUACACCUCACUGCAUAUGGCGGUCGUAAUGAUGAGCUUUUCCACGGUGCUGCUGCCGAGUCAGUCAGCUUUGCAACCAUCCUUACCGUGGAAGAAAGCCAAUACCAAUACGACAACUUCGUCGCUCGCGUCGGAUGUUCAGGCUCAACGACAUCAACUUCCAACGUCAACACGCUCUCCUGCCUCCGAUCCAAACCCGCUGAAGAACUCCAAGCUCAGAACCACAAUAUCCCGUACCCUGGCUCGCGGAACCCGCCUCUCUUCAUGUGGAACCCGGUGCUCGACUCCGAACUGAUCCAGUACUACACCUACGACGCGUUCGCGCGUGGCGACUUCAUCAAGGUGCCCGUGAUCUUCGGCGACGACACCAACGGCGGUACGGUCUUUACGCCCCGCCGGACAUGCACACAAGCACAAUCCAACGGCUUCUUGCACGAUCAGUUCCCGUACCUAACCACCGCCCACCUCGAGCGCAUCAACAGCCUCUUCCCAAACCACGGGCCUGAGUUUCCCGACUCCGGGCCCUUCUGGCGCCAGGUGAGCAACGCCUACGGCGACCUGCGGUACAUGUGCCCGAACCUGUUCAUCUCCGCGGCGUUCGCGCGGCACGGCAGCCCAGCCGCGAACUGGCACUACCGGUUCAACGUGCGCGACGCGGCCCUGAUCGCGCAGGGCCUCGGCGUGCCGCACACGGUCGAAAUCGCCGCGAUCUGGGGUCCCGAGAACGUCCACUCGUGCCCAACCUCCUUCCGCCCCGGCGGCCCCAACGCCUGGGUCGUGCCGCUCAUCCAGUCGUACUGGACCAGUUUCAUCCGCACACUGGAUCCGAAUGUCCAUCGUCUGCAGGGCUCCCCCGAAUGGAAGCCGUUCACUUCCGUGGCCGGCGCGGCUGUCGACGACCAAGCCACGCCCCAGAACCGGCUUCUCUUCAAUACCAGCGAGUCCACGGGGAUGGAGACUGUCGGCGCUGCGAAGAGGGGCGCGUGUCUGUAUUUCAGCUCUAUUGGCGUCGAGAUUCGUCAGUGA